UCGCGCGAUCGACACGGGCAGGGGAGAGGGGAAAACGGAUUCCGUGCCUCCACCGGCGGCGUCGACGUCGGCGUCGGAUCCAUCACGGGGCCUCCGGCGCCGGAGCGGAUCAUCUCCAUGCAGCGGGAGCAGCGCCGCCGGCAAACGCGAGCCCGUGAUGGAUCGAUCCCUUCCGUUCCUAAACGAAGGUCACCAGCCCUCCAACAAGAUGGUAAUUCGAAAGGUGGCAAAAGAAUGAAAUAUCUGCCAGAUCUUCCGGAGGACAUCUUGUGGCAUAUACAUUCACUAAUGCCAAUGCGAGAUGCUGCCCGAGCUGCCUGCGUUUCUCGUACCUUUAUGCGUUCCUGGAGACGCCAUACCAGCCUCACCUUCAGUAGAAAAACACUAGGCAUGGAUGAUAAUGUAUGUGAAAUGGAUGGAAAAGCAAGAGAUCUCACCGGCAAAGUUGACAAAAUUUGGAUAGAACACCCAGGAAUUGGUGUGAAGGAAGUCAGAAUUGAGUUGUAUGAUAACAAGACCAGGGCCUAUUAUCUUGAUCGUUGGCUUCAGAUUGCCGUCACGCCUGGGAUUGAAGAACUCACUGUUAUUCCUUCUGUGAGCAAACAAAAGUUCGACUUCCCAUGUUCACUUCUGUCUGAAGGAGGUGGAAACUCGAUUCGGUGUCUGAAUCUUUACCAGUGUGUGUUCUGUCCUACAGUCAGACUUGGUUUGAGAAGUUUGACUCAACUUGAGCUGUUUGAUGUCCGUAUUACAGGAAAUGAGUUAGCCUGCCUUCUAGACAAUUCUGUUGCUUUGCAGCAGUUGGCACUCAUGUAUUGCAGUAAGAUUAUUAGACUGAAGACACCUUCCCUGCUGCAGCGGCUCAUCACCCUUGAGGUGUCUAACUGUAAGAGGCUGCAACUGGUAGAGAUCGAAGCUCAAUGUCUCUCCAAUUUUCGGUUUAUCAGUGACCACCUAGUACAACUCUCGUUUGGAGAAGCAUUACAGUUGAAGACCCUAGUCAAGCAGUGUCGUGGUGCUCUCUGUUAUGCUCGUGCCAAAUCUUGAA